AUGACCACUCGAGUCCACCGCGGCCGUGUGACACGGGUCGGCACCAUAGCCACUGCUCCCACUGCCGCUUCGUCCGCCAUUCGACGCUCCGAUACUGAUGCGGCCGAGCGUAAACGGCUGCGCGACCGCGUCGCCCAGCAGAACCUCCGGAACAAGCGGAACCGACACAUUGAAGCAUUGGAGAAGCAGGUGAAGCUAUGUCAGGAGUUGCAUGGGCCUCGAAGUGAAGCGGACGGCCUCAAUAGCGGCAGCAACCAUCACAACGAACAAGACUUGAGGACCAUCCGCCACUUGCAGGCCGAAAAUGCGGCACUGCGAGAGCGGCACAACCACCUGCAGGCACUCUUCCAGUCGUUCAAGAACGUGUUUGAGCCAGCAGUGGCGGCAUCCACGCCAACUAUGAUCCCUGCUGCUGUAGAUGGCCUUCCCUCGGCUACCGCCCCGAAUGCCCCCGUCAUCCCAACACCUAUCCCCGUUGUACCAACGGUAUCAACGAUUCCAGAUGCCAUUACAGUUGAGACCAUCACCAACUCCACUGGAAUAGACAGCAAUCAAACCCCAAAGCCGCAUCAACCUCUCGACGUACUGCCUGACGAACCAGACACACCGCCAACGCCUCCUCUGCAACCGCAACUGCAAGCCACAUCAUCACCCGUCUCGUCCGCCUCCACAACAGAGAUUGCCAUGUACGAGCCAGUACACCCCUACUACAAUUACGAUAAGUCGGGUCCGGUAUUGGAUACCUUGCCGGACUACUCAUUGUGGCUGGCCGGAAUCAGUGCAAUCAGUUCUAGUACCGAUGGCGAAUCAGAGUCCGAGGUUGUCUUCCAACAUGAACAUAAUCACAACGGCAGCAACAAAAACGGACACGAUUACAUUGCCGAUGGUGCGGAUAGUGUCAUCAACAACAUUGCACAAAGCUUUCCGAUGGAGUCAUCUUCGGUGCCGCUACCAGCUGCAGCAGUGCCGUCUCUCGUCGGUUCGCAGCAUGUCUCGUUCAGAGCCAACGUAAAUGACUUGUGGGGCUCUCGGACAGCUGUCCCUCUUUCUGCUGCAAUGCAGGCCACGGAUGCAGACCUAGCUGCCAACUGUGACUCCACAGCGGCCAUGUACGAUCCGUUCGAGUACAGUGGACGGCUGCCGAGCACCGGCCUUUCUUUAUGGUCGCCCUUCUGCGCAGGCACCGUGCCCGACAUGGAAAAUGUCCCGGUGUGGGCACGCACCCCCGUGCGCUACUCGGGCCCCAACGACGUCCGCCGCCCAGACUGGGACGCCAACACGCGCAUCGUCUUUGACUCGCCCGAGGUCCCUGCGCCGCUCGACAUUCUGUACGGGUCCCACCACAACUCGCUCGCCAGCUGCCUGCAGCGCAGCGGCAAGACGUACUACCAGCGCGACCCGGAACGCCUCGCCAUCGGCUGGUUGGUGUACCACUACGUCAAGUGGCGCAUGCAGCCGAGCGCCGCGCGGUAUGCGAUGCUGCCCACGUUUCUGCAGCCCCUGCACGAGCAGGUGUGGGUGCCGCAUCCCGGGUCCCUGGACUUUGUCAUUUGGGAGGGACCGCGGCGCAAGCUCUUGAAAACGUACGAUCGCUACGACGUGGUCAAGUUCAUCCGGCGGUACUGCCGGUGUCUGCGGCUGCGAUGGCGCCGGGAGGAGGACGUGCUGGUGACCAAUGUGGAAGGGAAGCAUGUGCUCCGCCCAGACUUUGUCGAGCGGUUCAUGAGCACGGCCGGGUGGGGGCUGGAUCCCGAGUUUGUCAAGUACUACCCGGAGCUGUUUGACGGUGACGAGUGGGAUCAGAUCGUGUACAACCCAAGUGGGCGGCAAGGAUUAUGA